AUGAUUAAUAGAUUAAUAAAAUUUAAAAAUGUUAUAAAUAAUCCAACAUUAAAAAGUGGAUUAUUAACAUCAAAACCGAAUUUUUCAAAUAAUUUCAUAUCACCAAUAUUUUUAAAUAGUGGUAGUAAUAAUGAAAAUUUUAAUAGAAUUAAUAGAUUUUAUGCUUCAAGUAAUAAUGGUGGUAAUAAUAAUAAACAACAAAUUAAAGAAAAAAAAGAGAUUAAUAAUAAUAAUAAUAAUAAUAGUGGUGGUGGUAUUGUUAAUGGUAAUAAUGAAAUUCAAAUUUGUAAAGUUAUUUAUACAUCAAGAAGUUAUAGUAAAUCAAUUGAAAAUUUACCAAAAGGAUUUUCACUUCAAAAAGUUUUUGAUUCAAGUACUGGUAAUGCAAGAUGGUUAGUUGAACAAGAUACUGGUAAUUCAGUAUUUGUAUUCCCAUCAUUUGGCAGUAUAGUAUCGUGGGGUGUUGGUGAGGAAUCAUUAGAUCAAGUUUUAGAUUGGUUAAAAGCAUAUGAGCUAAAAUCAUGGCCAACUAGACAUGUAGAUAGAUACAAGUUUAGAAUAUCAACAGCAUCCAAUCAAUCAUUUGAUAUUAAUAAAAAACCAGAGGAGAUUAUAUAUCUUUCAAAAUCGGAAAGAGAUCAAGAUCUUGAGAAAUUCUCAUCAUCAUAUGCAUUUGCACAAUCGAUUAGUUUAUUCCCAUUCGAAGAUAGAGUUCAACAUUUAUCAGAAACCGCUGAAGAUAUUUCAAUCACUGGUCAAAUCUCAAAAUUUUCAAAACUUGAAAUUCUUCGUCAAUUAGGUGAACAAUUAAGACUUAAAUCUGAAUUGAAUUUAUCUGAUAUCAAUGAUACACCAGAAUAUUUUUGGGAGAAUCCAGAGGGUGAAAGUAUCUACAAUUCAAUUAGAUCUCAUUGUGAAAUCAAUAAACGUAUUAGAGUAAUGAAUGAAAAAAUUAAUUUAAUUACAAAUAUUUAUGAAGUUAUCAAUGAUGAACAAAAACAUAAUCAUUCAAUUCGUUUAGAAAGAAUUAUUAUUUUUUUAAUUGCAAUGGAAAUUUUCAUAACUUUACUUGGUAAAUAUGAUGAUUAUAAAAAGAGAACUAAAAAUGAAGAAGAACAACAACUACAACAACAACUACAACAACAAUAA